UCUUCUGCGUCUUCAACCCCCCUCACGACUACAUCGGCUACUGCUUCAGGUUCGAAAUCAUGCAUCACUGUCGCUACGGAUGGAUCUGGAGAUUAUACCGCCAUCAAUGUAGCUGUUAAAGCAGCUCAGGACAGCGGCAUCGCCACCGUCUCCGUUCUGCCCGGUACCUACUCCGAGGCCGUCACUGUUCAAGGGCAAGCUACUGUAACGAUCGCCGGGCCCACACCCACAGGUGCUGAUGAUUGGUCUGAGAACAAGGUUACUAUCGCUGCCACUGACACUCCUUUCAAGAUCGGCACCGACAAGAUCAAAGGCGUCACUGUCCGUAACAUCAACAUCGUUAACUCUGCCGCGGUAUCUGCAGGAACCAAUGCAGUUGUUCUCAACCUCAGGGGAGGCAAUGUCGCUUUCUACGGUUGCUCAGUCGUUUCGCCUGGUGGCACUGCCAUCUCUGCCUCCUAUGGAACCGCCUUCUUCGCCAAUUCAUACAUUGAGGGCUCGAACUAUCUCUUCUACAACUACCCAACCAUCUACGUCUACAAAUCUACAGUCGUGCCACUUAGUUCGAGUGCCCUCAUCGUAUACAACAAGGGUGGACAGCCUACUGGUGGCGACUUCGCCAACUCUACGGUUGUCUUCGAUUCGAGCUCCAUCCAGCAGAAAUCUGGAUACACCAACAACAAUGUGUGGCUCGCAGCUCCUAACGGUCCCGGUGCUGUGACGAUUUACAGAAACACCGCUAUAGGAAGCUUGGUCGCUCCUGCUGGUAUUCACCCCUCGGCAGCUACUACUCCAUCCUUCUUCGGCGAAUUUGCUACAACUGGUGCGGGGUCUUACAGCAAGAAUGCUGCUUCUCGUCCAAACUACGAUGUUCCCCUCUCGGCUGAACAGGUCUCUCAGUUCACCAUCGACAAGGUCUUUGGUAGCGCAUUCUACCCUUACGCUAGCUCUUCGCUCACAUGGAUUGACCAAGAUGUUGUGGCAUCCUUGAAAGCAUCAGACGAUGCCCAGCUUGCAUCCGCUUCCCUCCUUUCGAACGCUACUGCUACCGCAUCAAUGACAUCUAGCGCAACUCCAGCAGCAUCGACUUGCUCCAUCACAGCAGCGUCUCCGACACUUGUAGUUUCUAAGACGCCAGGACCCUGCGAGUUCUCGAACGUUACAUCUGCUGUCAAUGCUUUGCCUAAUGACGGUAAUCCAUACACCAUUAAGAUUGGUGCGGGUACAUACGUCGAGCAGCUUUCGAUCACCCGCAAGGGAAAGGUCACCCUCCGAGGCUUCACCGAUUUCACGAACGAUUAUACACAGAACAAGGUUCGCAUUGAGUUUUCCCGUGGUGAACUCACCAGUGCUGGAAAGAACGAGCAAACACCUGUCAUAUUUUCCAAGCCUAGUGGCGAUUCUGGCAUGGCUCUCUACAACAUCGAUUUUGUCAACACGUACCCGCAGACCACCAACACCGCUGCGCUAGCUGCGGACUUCUACGGCGCUAAUAUCGCCGCGUAUGGCUGUUCAUUCGUCGGUUUCCAGGAUACGCUACUCGCCAACAAGGGUACCCAAGUUUUCAGCAACUGCUACGUUGAGGGAAGUGUCGAUUUCAUCUGGGGGUUUUCUACUGCGUACUUCCAUCAGUGCAUGAUCGUCAGUAACACACCUGGUGCUUACGUUGCUGCAAACUCCAGGGCUACUGCAGAUGCUCCUGGUGGCUACGUGUUCGAUUCCUCUGUCAUCACCUACAGUUCUACCUAUGGCAACAACUUUGGAUUGUCCUAUCUCGGCAGACCCUACAGCCAGUUUUCCAUCGCCGUCUACAUGAACUCGUACAUUGAUAAGCACAUAUCCGCCGCUGGAUGGGCCGUAUGGCAGACAAACAACCCUCAGACUUCUGGAGUCACAUUCGGCGAAUACAACAACACUGGACCUGGUAGUUGGUCGGAUACUACUCAGCGCGCCAGCUUUGCGACCAAGUUGACAGCAUCUCAAGCGGCAAAGUACGAGCUUGCUGCAUGGAUCGGUAGCACGGCGUGGCUGGAUAUGGAUGCGUACAAUGCGAUCCCUUCGUACAGCCUUACGGGUCCUACGGCUACCUCGCCAUCGCCAUCUCCGUCACCCUCGGCUAAUGGUACCGUAUCCGGGCCAACAACUACUGCCACCAUCAAUGCUCAUCCUGACAGCGGUACCCUGCCACCACUGGGUGCUGUGAUCGUCUCUAAAGAUGGUAGUAAUAACGCUGCGUACACGAACAUCACUGCAGCUCUUGCCUCGCUCCCUCAAGAUAAGACCAAUCAGACCAUCUUCAUAUACCCUGGUACCUACAACGAGCAGAUCCCGUCUGUCAACCGCCCUGGUGCUGUUAGGAUCAUUGGAUAUACUACUGGCAAUCCUGGCCAAGCUUACAAGGACAAUCAAGUUACGAUCUCUUUUGCUCGUGGUCUUUCUGUGUCGCCGCUACCUGUAGGCCACUCCAACGCGGAGACUGCUGUAUUUGCCACAGCGUCAAGCCGGAUCAGCAUGUACAACGUCAACAUGAUCAACACGGAUAACCUUGAUGGCUCCGAGCCUUCAUACGUCACGCUCGCGGGCUCGAUCUACGGAAACGACAUCGCCUUCUACGCCUGUUCAUUUGAUGGCUGGCAAGACACUCUCCUGAACGGUGCGACAGCUGGCUACCAGUACUACGAGUCGUGCUAUAUUGGUGGUGCCAUUGACUUCAUCUGGGGCUACUCUAAAGCAUACUUCAAGGGAUGCACGAUUGGAGCUAAGCGCAAAUCGUCGGCGAUUACGGCGCAUAGCAGGAAAUCGAGCACCGAAAUAGGUGGCUACAUCUUUGACCAAUGCUUGUUCACUGCAGCUCCCAACGCAGUUGACGACCUUACGAACAAGGUCUACCUCGGCCGACCUUACUCCGCGUACGCUCUUGUUGUUGUCAAGAAUUCCUACAUCGACGCUACCAUCAUUCCUGCCGCAUGGAAGAUCUGGUCUGCAACCGACCCACGUACCGAUCACAUCACCUUCGCCGAAUUCAACAACUCUGGUCCCUCAAACUGGGAGCAAAAUGCUGCUGCUCGUGAGUCGUUUGGUUACGCUACGUUGCUUACUUCAGACACCUACUCCUUGUCAUCGGUGAUGGACUCAACCGAAUGGAUCGACAUGACUUACUUCAACUCCAUUGUCACCCCGCAGCCUUCAGCGCCCGUUGUCAUUCCUCCAGGACCCAUCAAUGUCAACGGCACCUCGGUUUUCAAUGGCACGACCCCGCCAGCUGACGCCCUUAUCGUUUCUAAGACGCCUAUUGAUGGUGUUGUUACCUACGACACUAUUCAGGGUGCUCUCAACGCAGCGCCGACCACGAGCAAGACGAAUGCUACCAUCUUCAUCUACCCCGGUGUUUACGAGGAGCAGCUUAUCAUUGCAAAGUCUGGUCAUACCAUCUUCCGCGGAUACUCGGAUGCGACCGAUGACUACUCCAAGAAUCAGGUCACUAUCCAGUUCAGCCGCGGCAUCGAUACACAAGGUACUUCUGGUAGCAACACUGACGGAGCGACUGUCUACGCCAAGGGCAACUACUUCCAUGGUUUCAACAUCAACUUCCGUAACAACAAUGGCACGCAGCAGAACAUUGCCUCGCUUGGUUUUGCUGUCCAAAGUAGCAAGUUUGCUGCGCUGUAUGGAUGUCAGAUCUACGGUAACCAAGACACCCUCAGUGUCUCUGGUAACCUCUUCACAUUCAAGACGUACAUUGAGGGUAACGUCGACUUCAUCUAUGGCUCUGGAUCCGCGUACUUCUUGGACUCAACCAUCGCCUCUAACGAGGAUGGGAUCAGCAUCACGGCCCACAAGCGUACCACCAACACGACGGCUGCUGGUUUCGUGUUUGAUCAAUCGAGGAUUGUACCAGCUCCUGGUUCUGGGUCUUUCAGCAGCGUCAGCCUCGGCCGCCCAUGGAAUAGCUUUUCGCGCGUUGCUUAUGUCGCAUGUUACCUUGACGCCAUGAUCAGCCCUGCUGGGUGGGCGCAAUGGUCAAAGAGCAACCCCCAGACGGACGGCGUCACUUACGGAGAAUACCAUAACACCGGUCCCGGUUCCGCAAUCUGUAAGCGUGCCAGCUUCAGCCAGCAGCUUUCAGACACCGAUGUCGCUCAGUUUCAACUUGCGUCGUUCUUCCCAUCGACUGCCUUCAUCGAUUUCCGAUACGUUGAUACCCAGCCUUUCACGGUUGGAAUGGGCUCGCCGCAAGUCUGUAGCACUGCAUCUUCGUCUCUCGUCUCUUCUUCUACCGCAUCUUCUACUGCGUCGCUGUCGACUAUCAGUCUCACAUCUUCAAGUAGCUUACCGAUCGUCACUGCGUACACCACAACUACGGUGAUCGCAAAGCUCACCGCAAGCGCGGUUGUUACCGCCCCUGAGGUCACCUCGACUACUGUCGUGAAGAGCACAGAAACUCUCUCGAUCAGUGCUAUCGAUGUGCUGAAGACUAGCACGUUGAAGGUGACUGCCACUACUUCCAUCGUGUCUCCUGACGUUACCUCUACUUCUACAUCGGUAGUAACUGAAGACGUUGGUCUAACAAUCACACCGGAGCCUGUCACCAAGACUAGUGUUGUCAAGGGCACCGUGACCGAAGCUGGAGUAACUACCAAGGGAGCCACAACUUCAACAGUCAAGGGUACUACAACUGUCACUGUCCUGUACACGUCCUCACCCAAGCCGACGUCAGUCACUAUCAGCCAAGGAUCCACGGUCUUUAUCACAAGCUCCAAGACCCAGAAGGCGGCCUCCACGACCAUCAAGACUACCAUCUCUAUUGAGCCAAGCACCACCAAGACAACUACUGUGCAGCCCAAGAGCUCAGUCACUGUUAGCAGCAUCUCGAUCAAGACAACUACCAAGAAGUCGACUACCACUUUGUCUUGCGUUCCUACUGGCAGCGCUCAGAACCUGGUCCGCCGAGGCGCCGUCAUCCCCCGUGCCGUGGCUAGCACCAUUACGCUCACCAUCAGCACCACGGUUAGCAGCUACGUAGCUACAGUUACUGCAACUCAAGCAGGCUCGACUGCCCUAGUUACCGUGUCCUCCAUUGCCACUAAGACGACUUCUCUGAAGGCCAGCACCAGCACAAUCACGGUUACCUCGGUGGUGAAGACUUCGACGAUUGCGCAAGCAGGCUCCACCUACUAUACAACUGUGCUGUCAACGGAGAAGGUGGGCAAGACGACGACUCUCAAGGCCUCGACGAGCACACUCUACUCAACUGAGCUCGUCACGAAGACGGUACUUUCUACUGUCACGGAACCAGCAGUUACCAUCAGCUCUCUCAAGACGGCUUCGAAGACAUCGACCAUACUCGCGGCGCAAGAAACAGUCUAUGUUACCAAGUCGAGCGAUGUGACGUCCAAGACGACAAUCACGCUACCGGUCUCUACGAGCACCAAGUUCGAGACGGUGACCUUGGGUGGAGGAGUGAAGACGGAGACUGUUAGUGGAACACCCAAGACGAAGACGGUAGUCGUGAAGAGCACGGCGACUGUGCUCAACUGGGCGACGAAGACUGCCAAGGGUGCGGCGGCUUGC